AGGCGCGGAGCCUGCUGGGGAUGGUAGUCGGCGAGCGCGUUUACGCCCGCUCGCCGAGCUCACCCGGGACUACAUUUCCCACAAUUGCCGCCAUGACGCCCAUGGGUGUGGGGGAAGGAAUGGGAACCUGCGGCCGUCAGGGUGCGAGGCGGCCGGCCCCCAAGCCAGGCCUGAGGGUGCCAAGACUGAGGAGGUUGCCGAACAAGACUGCCGGCCCCGCCCUCAGUCUCUGUCCUUUCGAGGACUGCGCUUCCCCUCUGAAGGGAGACUUUGCCGCCGCCGCCACCUCCGCCUGGAGUUUCUUCAGAUUUCAGUUUCCCUGCCAACCACGAGGAGUCCAGGGAAGAAGAGCAGAGCAGAGACGCCAAUAUACACCUCCCACGCCGCUUUCAGCCCGAGAUCGCCCCAGCAGGGAUGGGCGUUAGGAUCUGGUUGCCCUUCCCCGUGCUGCUCCUGGCCGCUCUGCCUCCCGUGCUGCUGCCUGGGGCGGCCGGCUUCACGCCCUCCUUGGACAGCGACUUCACCUUUACCCUCCCGGCCGGCCAGAAGGAAUGUUUCUACCAGCCCAUGCCCCUGAAGGCCUCGCUGGAGAUUGAGUACCAGGUUUUAGAUGGAGCAGGAUUAGAUAUUGAUUUCCAUCUUGCCUCUCCAGAAGGCAAAAUCUUAGUUUUUGAACAAAGAAAAUCAGAUGGAGUUCACACCGUAGAAACUGAAGUUGGUGACUACAUGUUCUGCUUUGACAAUACAUUCAGCACCAUUUCUGAGAAGGUGAUUUUCUUUGAAUUAAUCCUGGAUAAUAUGGGAGAACAGGCACAAGAACAAGAAGACUGGAAGAAAUAUAUUACUGGCACAGAUAUGUUGGAUAUGAAACUGGAAGACAUACUGGAAUCCAUCAACAGCAUCAAGUCCAGACUAAGCAAAAGUGGUCACAUACAAACUCUGCUUAGAGCAUUUGAAGCUCGUGAUCGAAACAUACAAGAAAGCAACUUUGAUAGAGUCAACUUCUGGUCUAUGGUUAAUUUAAUGGUCAUGGUGGUGGUGUCAGCCAUUCAAGUUUAUAUGCUGAAGAGUCUAUUUGAAGACAAGAGGAAAAGCAGAACUUAAAACUCCAAAACUAGAGUACUUAACAUUGAAAAGAAAGGCAUAAAAAGUCAGUAAACUAUUACAGUCAAGACCAUUAAUAGUCUUUUCCAAAUUGUUUUCAGGCAUCAUAAGUAUACUUUUAAUGUGAAAGGAAAGCCUUCACUUUCUGUGCAAAUAAUCUUAUUGGUCCAGUUGUACUUAAGCGUAUAAGUUGAAUAUUUUGCAGAAUGUAGGUUUAACUGAAUGAGCCAUAUUAAUAACUACAUUUUCCUAAAUUUGAAAAAAUUUUACAAAUGUCAUAGGUGAUUUAAAUGAGCAGUGGGCCUAAGUGCAACAUCAGUCUGUUUUUAAAAGGUUCUCUUACCCAGAACAUUCUUUGUAAAUGUGGCAAUUACAAAUUAAUUGUAGAAGUUUUCAAUAUUAAGCUAUAAAUCAUCUGAAAAUUAAUUAUGGAUUAAAUAUAUCUUUCGA